AUGCAAUUACAUCAGAUUGCAACACAACAACCUGGAACUAUUACUUACAGAGACUUGGGAUGUUUUUGUGGGUCACAAAGGGGUUUAUGUUCAUGUUACGAACCAAAAAUCCACAAAUUCGAAUGUCCUACGACAGAAAAUAGAGGCAUUGAAGCAGCUGAUACAUUAGAUGAUAUUGAACCAUCAGAUUUAAUGAAUGUGGAUGUUGAGAUAAACCUUGAGGAACUGUCAGCGAUGAAUGAUGUAAACUUUUCAUCAAUUGGUGAUCUCACAAAGCCAAACCAAACUAACUCAGCGCUUGAAAAUGUGGACGAGGACUUUUCUUUCAUUGGAGAUUCUUCGAAACCAAAUACUAUCAAAGCCAACUCAUCGAUGGACGAGGUCAAAACGCAAAACAAUGGUGACAUUGUUAUUGAAGUCGUGGACAACACAAAGACUGCAAAAGAUAAGAUGAGCGUUAAAGAGUCAACAGUGAUGGAUUAUCUGAACAUUUCAUACACAAAUUCUACAGCUGAUAAUAAGCCGAAUGUUUUCAAAACUGACUUGGUAAAUGACAUUCAAAUGUUGGACCAAAAUACCACCAAUGAUGAGAUUAUUGUAGAGGAAACAACUGUAAUGGAACGUCCACAUAUUUCCCCUACACAUCCCGCGGAUUACACACAGACAAAUGCAGUUAGCCAAGCCGAUUCAUUUAAAGAGAAUUUAAGUACUAUGAGGAAGAUCCCAUGUAUUGUCGACCUAACCAUUCAUCCUUUGGAGAUGAAACUUACUUAUAAGCCUAAAAAAAGGUCUAGCAGCAGCGUGUUAUGUGUUUCGCAACCAAAAGUGAAGAAAAGUAUUGAAGAAGAAAUAAACUCGAAAAAUAACAGCAAACCAUGCACUUCAAAAAGCUUGCGAAAAAGUACAGUUUCUAUUUUGAGUAAUGUUUCUGUUGACUUAAAAUCUAAAACCGAACAAACGAGAUUACCGAAACAAUCAAAAGGAUUAAAGAUGAUUGUGAAACGCGCAUUUACAUGUUACAGUUGCAAUGGUCCUCUCCUCUCGAAUUGCAUUACUAAAUGUAUAUCUUGUUGUAACCGAUUUUGUUUGGCCUGUGCCACGGGAGAAGUCACCAAAGAUUAUAUUUGCGAUAAUUGCCUUAUGUAA